AUGGCGGCACCGGCGUCGAAGACGAUUGGGGAUAUAAACGGCAAGUGGGCGCUGAACAAGACCCUCUCCGACCCCGUCGACCCGGCCCUCUCCAUGCAGGGCAUCGGCUGGCUGACGCGCAAGGCCAUCGGCGCCGCCAGCGUGACGCUGGACAUAAAGCAGUACAUCGGCGCGCCGAAGCCGCCCUCGACAUCCACGGAGCAGGUGACGCGCAUCGACAUCACGCAGCUGGUGACGGGCGGGUUGAAGGGCACGCAGGAGAACCGGUCGCUGGACGACGAGUUCCGCGAGCACAGCGACUGGCUAUUCGGCACGGUGCGGGGACACGGCCGCUGGAUGGGCGCCGACGAGCUGGCCGCGCUGGUGGCGGCGGGAGGUGAGGCCGUCGCCAAGGGCUGGGUUGAUGGGAGCGGGUUCUUGGCUGCUGACUGGAUCGAGGAGGGCGAGGGGGGCGGGCCGAAGGGCGAGACUCAUGUCUAUAGCUUUGUCGAGAGUCUGGAUUCCGACUGGACGGCUACGCAGGUCUGGGGGUUUCAGAUGGUCGGGGGCGAGAGGAGGUAUGCGCGCAAUGUGGUGGUUGCAAAGAAGGGCAAGUUUUACAACAUGAAGAUGAUCUACGACUUCCUGUCUGAGUAG